CCCACCUCAAGCUUCUUCUUCUUCCCAGUCCAUAACAUUUCGCUCUCUACAUUACCCACUGCCUCACUUGCUCAACGUCCUGCACUUCUACUCUCUCUUUCCCUCCACACCUCUCCCCCCUACAAACCCUCGCUUCCCUGCCGAAACCCUCCACCCACCGCAACAAUGAAACUCCUCACCCUCAACUUCCUCACCUGCGCCAUAAAAACGUGCAAAACAUCCCCUGCGUCCUUCCCACUGCACCCGCGCGACUGCGAGCUCGAAGUCGUCGAGUCCGAGAGCGUCAACCUGCCGUUCCUCAAAAACAUCCUGCCGCGCCUGAUGUGGGAUGAGCUGCGUGUGAUUGCGGAUGAGCUAGGAUUACCAGCCCUUCCCUCCACGCCGCCUACGCGCGACGACCUGGUCGAACCGUCCUCCUCCUCUACCACCACCAUUUCUCAUGCACAGAACGCUGGGAACGCAGCGGAAGGACAGCAGCAGGCAGAAGAAAAACCAAGCCAGACGGCCCGCGAUCUGCACCGCGUGCUGCUGGAGACGUGUAUCAAGGAGGGCAAGCUGGUGUGCGGGAACUGCGGGCACGAGUACAAGGUCAUGGAGGGGGUUGCGAAUUUCUUGCUGCCGGGGCAUUUGGUGUGAAUAGAUAUCGCAUGGGGUUGAUGGGAGAAAAUAGGACCGGAACAGGAGAGUAGAGGAAGGAUUUAUGAUGAUGGAUAUGAUAUGAUACCCUUUUCUUACUAGCAUAUGCGCGGAGCAAAAAGGAGUUUGGAAGGACAAUACGUUUGCUGUGAGUCAGAUUUGGCUGGCUGGCAAUUGCAGGGGGCAAAUGUGACAUAUCAUACGCGCACGGCAGUUUGACGGGCGUCAAAGGAUAAGAUGCAAUACUUUUCCAUGACUAGUGGUAUCUACCCAGCGCACACCCAAACGCCAAAGCCAUGCUGUCAUUCCACAGCCUCAAUAU